AUGGCAGGAAAUGCGCUUAACAAACUACAAGAACCUUUGAGUUGGUCGUGGUCAGUAUCGGAUGUCGGUGAUUGGGUACAGUACGGGCUACGAUUGCCGCAAUACGUGGUAAAUAUUGUUAUAAAAUAUCAUAUUAUGUUAUAAUAAAUAUAUACGGCUUGACGUUAUAUUGAUUUAAACGUUUGGAAAAUUAUGAAUAAUGUAACUAUCAUUACCUAUACGAGUGCUGCAAAAGCAUCCAACUCGAAAAUAACAUUAUAUUAAUUUAUCAUACUUGUUUGUAGCCCAAAUUAAAACUAGGCGUAUGAUUUACAGGCUGCUUUCAAGGAGAACUGUAUUGACGGUAGAAAAUUAAUUUUGAUUAAUUGUCAAACACUACCUUCUAUUAAUAUUACGGACUUUGAUCACAUGAAGGUAAGAACUUUCGAGAAUAACAUAUUAUUAUUAUUGCAUAAACACAGCGAUGAUGAUACGUUUGAACAAGUAGGUUAUCUAUUAUAACCUAAGUAGUUAUUAUAAUUAUUAUUAUUUUUUUUUUUAAAUAAUAUUGUAAAUUGUAUUACUAUCGAGCUGUAUCAAUCCAACCGAAUGGAAUAAUUAGUUACAAAGUUUGAAAAAUUAAUCAUUUACAAAAUACAUCUUGAUCCGAACCGUGUGGAGUGCGCAGAGUAGAGGAAGUAAUACACCCCCCCCCACCCCCAUUAUCUUAAAAAUACAACAACUAUGAGAGUAUUUAUUUGAUAUCAUUAUAAAUUAUAACAUAAUCGAACAAUAUUAUCUUUCGGUCGAAAUACGUUACGAAAUUUUUUUUUUUGGUUGCAUACGGUUCUGACCAAAUACGACUCUACGUUAUAUUUUUAAAAAAUACUAUUUGUCGGCUAAACUACUGUUCUGAUGAAAAAUGUUCGGAUAUUUUACGCAAACCGUUUCUAUUAUCCCGCUCCACUGAUCGUUACCAUGCCGAUGACGCCGAAAAUGGCGUUUGUUUAAGAUGAUCUAUUAAGACAGAUCAUUCGUAUUCACUACAAUUGAAAAAACUCCACUAAAUAUCUUAAUCGGGUGCCCAUUUCAUUGACUUAUAAAUAUAUUUAUAAGUCAAUGUAUAUAAUUACGACGUUCCGUCAUUCAAAUAUUUAUGAAGAACGAAAUGCUAAACGUGUUUUUCUUAUUUUAAACUUUAAAAUAAUACUAUUAAUAUCGACUUAUUAAAUAUUAUAAUUUGUAAUUUAUACUUGUUUCUAUAUUAUAAUUUAUAAUUUAUACUUGUUUAUAAAUUGUAAACUAUUGUAUAAUAAUAUUUGAAGUCCGUAUUGAACACAGUUAAAUUUCGUUUAUAUUUAUUUAUAUAUAUACAGGUACAAUUUUAUAAAUGUACUAAAUAUAAUUUUUAAACUCGUUCUACUUGGUGUUCCUCAAGUGCAAUUGCAUGUAAUUUAACUUAAACUAGGAAUUGUGUGCUACGUAUUAGACCCUAUCGACUUUCAUUUUAAUAUCUUUCCACAUAAAUAUUAUUUUUGUAUUUUGUGAGACUACGAUUUGUUGGCGAAUCGGAACUUUUCUCAUGAUUACCAGAUACCGGUUUACGCGUUAGCGAAACGAGUAGUCGGCGAGUCGAGCUUGAACCAUUUAAACCUCGAAAAAUCCUUCAAACCGUUAAAAAUCAAACUUAACGACAAACCAAAUUAAUUAUUACAUCGAUUAUUACCAAAAAAUAUGUAUAAUAAGUACUAUUAUAAUAUAUGAUUGGUUGUUAUAAAUUCGAAUAUUUUUAAAUUUGUCUGUAAACAACGAACAAGUAAACGGACAAGAUGAGUAUGAAUUUCACACUCGCGAGGGGGCGUCAUUUGAGAAGAGCAGGGUGUGCUGUUGCGCCCCUUAUUUUUAAUAUAAUCCAAAUUGGCCUACUGAAAUAUUGCAUUAUUAUUUAUUACCUAUAGGUUACAAAUUAAAAUUAAAUUGUCUUUUAGUAUUUAAAUGAUAGAUGUAUAUUAUACUAAACUCAAAAGUCGCCGGUAUCCGCUUAUUUAAAAUAUUAUACAUUUUUUUUUUUUAGAUCGUUUUGUUUGUACAACAGUUAUAGAUAUAAAGCUUUCUAUUCAUUAUUUAUUGGUUUUCAUAGCUAAAGUAAUCAAUUUUUCACCAUAUUUUAGUUUUGAAUUGAUCUUUACUAUUUAUUUUGAUGUAACUUAUGGUCAAUGAAGAAAAUCAAAUGCAGGAUAGUGUGUAUAUAGAUAUUUCCAUAUGAUCCGAUGAAGUUUCAAAACUACUUGCUUGAAACCUUGCACUCCCAAAAAGAAAAUAUUAUCAUGACUCUAUUAAUGCAUUAUUUUUAAUUAUAUACGGAGUAGGUAAAAUUAUUUGACGAAAUGCGUUCGAAACAAUAUAAUAUUAUAAUAUUUUUUGACAAUAAUUUGACGCGAUUCUAAACACGAAUCGUAAUUUGUUGUUGAAUGUUCAUACACGCCACGUUAAGCGAUUCGUGUUCUGAUUUCGAUUGCGUAUCUAAACUAUUUAUGUAUUUAUCUGCAGGUAAAUGUACACCGAAGGUUAAAUGGACAAUAUUUUAUUAAUCCUACGUGUAUCCUUAGAAUGUGUAUAGUCUCAUCGGUUGCGCACAAACAAUCGAAUUACUUAGGUUCCUACUAUACCUAAUAAUAAUAAUAAUCAAAUGCGUCAUAAUGUAAGAAUAGCGAAACAAGAUUUAAAAAAGACCAUAAUAUAACAAUACUCUAACGUUCACUAUAUGAUUCAUACGUAACGCACUUUGGUUAUUUAUGUGAAGAUUAAAAUACGAGAUAUUAUAAUAUUAUAUGUGUAAAAAAUACAAGGUGACUAUUGUAAUAUACUAAAAAGAUUCUUAUUUAGGGUCUCGUUUCUAUAUCGGUGUAUUGUAUAACGACAAUUAUGACUAAACGAUGUAGAAUAAAAUAUUAUACAAUAAUAUAUUCAUUGUAAAAUAUGCAUUCAAUACAUAUAUAUGUGUACAUGAGUAAAUUAGUGGGAAAUAAAUCGUAAUAAAAAUAAUAACAUAACCUGUAAAAUAUGGAUUUUCAGUCAACAAAAUACAAAAAAAAAAAUAAUAAUAAAAUAUUCUUUUAUGGGCGUCGUUGGGAUUGUAGUCCAAGAGCAAUCGAAUUGCGCACGAUAAAAAUUACACAUAAAUAUUAUUUAAACGAUUUCAAUGUAAUUUUUCAACAAAAAUAUUCGUAACUGACAGUUAUAUCACGCGUGGUUUAUCAGCUAUCAAAAUAUUAAGCGUUUUCAGAUAAUAAACACAUUUAUCUGCGGCUUUUUCAUAUAGGCAUACAGUCCCUCUCUACGGUAUGUACCUAUGAAGUCGUAUUAAUAUAGAUGGAAUUUGAAUGUAAUGCUGUACCUAUAUGAUCAAUACUCGACUGUAAGAAAUCGUAACAGAUACCUUCAUAAACAAAUAUUUAAUUAGCUAACUUUAAAACGAUACGAUACGAUUUUUCCUCAGAAUUAAACUUCGUCUGUACGCUCCCCUAAAGUAACCCGUGUACGCGUUAUUUCGAAUUACAACCUGUUUACUUAUGUUUUAUGCACAAGUCCGUCUUUCGGUUAAUCGCAUCAUAUAAAUGACGUCCUAGGAUAAUGGGGACGGGUGCAGCCACCGUUAUGGAUAAUUCAAUAUAUACCUGUAAGCAACGAUAAACAAUUGCUUAUGAAAAGACGAUUCUGAGCGGAGUUUAGUUGAUAAUGAUGUUUUGUCAACAAUUUAUGUCAUUUCAUAGUAAAAUAAUUAAAUAGGUUUUAUAUAUUGUCUUCAAUAUUUGUUUAAUGUUGUACAGAUUUUCCCAGAUUAUUUAGUUUAUUUAAUGUUUAAUCUUGUAUCAAGAUACUUUUUAUUGUGGUAACAAGUAAUACAAUUUUGCGCUGAAAGAUACAAGAUUAUUAAACAUUUAUUAGUUAAAUUAACAUAACGAAAAUCCAAAACCAUUGAUAGUGUACAAAAUAUUUGAAUGGUUAGAUUUUUUUAACUAGAGAAACCAAAAAAUGAUCAGUGUGAUUUAAUAAACAUGUAAACAUAUGUAAUUUAUAUCGGUUAUAAAUGAUGUUUAAUACCAAACUUUAUACUUAUAUUUAUUAUAUCAUUCAAUUUUAAUUUGUGCUUUUUAUCCUAAAAAUCGUUGGUCACUAUGCACAUAGCAAAAUAUUCGCCGCUGAUUUGAAAAUAUGAAAAUAAAAAAACGGGUCACUGUUGUUGGUGAUAAAUCGGGCAGGUAGAAGGGAAAUUUAACGUGUAUCUGAACGGUUAGUCAUUGCUAACGAAAAACGAUUCUGAGUGGGGUUGGCUUCCUUAAACGUCCACGCCCUAGUGAGUAUUUCAAUUUUCAGUACAUUUUGCCUCGCUCUGUUUUUCAGUACAUAUCAAAGAACGUGAGGUGGCUGUACGGUCUGCCGCCGGACAACGAUCGGACCGGAAUCGGCCGCCGCCGGUCCAUUCACGACAUACACGGCCAGUACUACGAGCACCUGGUCAGACACGACUGCAUGAUAGCCACCGUACGGCGCACGACCGGUAAGACGUUGGCCACGGCGGAACGGGCGACUUCACUGUUCGAUUACGCGCAGUCGGUGGGCCUGGUCAGCCGUCCACGAAGCCGCUCGCGGUUCGACGACGCGACCGGGGUGCACCUGUUGGCCAGGCUGCCGGCCGCCGAGUACCUGCGCGGUGGCCCGUGCGAGCACGAGGACCGGGCCGUGGUCCAGUUGCGGCCACAGUCGCCUCCCAAGUCCGGCCGAGCCAACGACAGAGUGAAAAUCCAAACUGCGCAAACCGUGACCACGGCGAAACGUCCACAAGUCUUCUGA